UUUUCUGACAGCCUGUAGCAAUGCCAUGCCAUACAUCAAAGGGCUUCAGGUGUUAAAUGACUGUGAAGAGAAUCAAAAGAUACUCCAAACACUCCUUGAUUGGGUGACCUCUCGCUGGAAUCGUCGUGUCACAAAGCAGUUGCGACAAAUGGCGGAAUUCCCUGAUUUCAAGGAAUUUGCUGAUCUUGUGGCACAAGAAGCAGAAAUCGCAUGCAAACCUGUAACAUCCUUUCAUGCCUUGAAGCCGACUGAAGAAAAGCCAUCUACAGACAUGAAGCGCACAAAGGCUAACGUGUUCGUUACAAUGUGAAAGCGUUGGAUAAAUCAAGUACAGUGAAGGAAACAUACAGUGCCAUGGAGAACAGCUCAAAGGAUUCAAACGGAUGCAAGAAGGUAAACUCUUCAUUUUCAUCUUCAAACCCAGUCACAUGCAUGUGCUGUGGAGGAAGCCACUGCGCCCACAAAUGCCAAAAGCUCGCCAAUAAGCCUGUGGAGGACAAGAGAAGGUUCAUAUUGGACAAUAACCUGUGCUUUGGCUGUCUUAGGAAAGGACACAAUUCAAAGGACUGUAAGAGCAAAACUACCUGUGGCAUAUGUAAGAAACAUCAUACACCACUUCAUGAAGACCGUCCUUCUGCUGCGGCAGACACAUCUUCUCAUGUUAUGCAAGUGAAAAAAAAACGCAUCUUCCCUUUCUUGUUGUGGAAACAGAGGCGAUGGUGGGAGCACAUCCAUGAUAAUGCCUGUAUGGAUUUCUUCAAUCACCACCCCUAAAACAGAGAUGUUAGUGUACGCCCUACUGGAUACACAGAGUAGCUACACUUUUGUAGAUCAAGCGGUGUGUGAGAAGAUGGGGGUAGGGUUAGAGCCAGUCAAGUUAAAGCUUACCACUAUGAUGGGAAAAGAUUCCAUUGUUCAGAGUGGAAGAGUCAGUGGACUUGGAGGGUUUUCCUCGCAAAGUUUCAUCAACUUGCCACCCUCCUGUACCAGAGAUUUCAUCCCACUCGAACGUUCCCACAUUCCUACCCCUGAAAUGGCCAAGAGGUGGAAACAUCUGAAUAGAAUGUUCAGGAAACACCAGGGCUAUUGGAUUGCGAGGUCGGACUCCUGAUAGGCUAAUACUGCGCGAGAGCGUUGGCACCACAACAUGUCAUCACAGGAGGUGAGGACGAGCCGUAUGCUAUCAAGACUGACCUGGGUUGGAGUAUUGUCAGCAGCUCACCAUGGGUCGCAAAGUCGACAGAAGUGACAGGUCUGUGCCAUCAUGUAUCUGUCAAGGAACUUACACCAUUGACACCAGCCACUGUCAUUAGAGCCCUUAAAUCAGACUUUGGAGAUACAAAUCCUGGGGAACAGAGCAUAUCACAAGUUGACCACAAGUCCCAGGUCAGUGGGUCACAGUCUUCGGAAUUGCAAUCUCUGGAGAACACGCCUACAGUCGAGAAAGGGGAGGUUUACAACCUGGGGCAGGUAAAACACUCACUGCCUGAGAAGCUUCAACAGUUAGAGUUUUGUCUCAGAGUGGAGACUCGUGAAAAAAGGUGAAAUAAUUACACGGCUUGAGCAGGAAACAAAAGCUUGCCAGCAAGAGACUAUAAACUUGAAUGAAAAUGUCAGAAUUUCAGGGGAUGAAAAUCUCUCCUCCAGGAAGAACUUGAAAAUGUCCAGGAAAUGUCAGACCAAGUUAAGAAUGAGAGAGAGUGCCUGGAGGCAGAAUUACUAAAAAAUGCCGACAAGAUUGAUCAAUUAACUGAAGCACUAAAGACGCUUCAUAUGCAGAAUAAUUCACUUGUCAAUGAAUUAGAUUUCUUCAGAGAAGAGAAACAUCAUUUGAUCAGUGAAAGAGAAGCCCAGGGAGUAAAAUUGGUGAAAGAGUUUGAGAAGCGACUCCGGUCUGCUCAGAGGGCUAAGACCACAUCCAAGGGUGAAACUAAAGAAUUGCAAGAAUUGUUAAAAGAGAAGCAACAGGAAAUAAUUCAGUUGCAGAAGGACAGUAUCAAUGAUCCCAAAGGCCUAGAGCCACUUACCCCAAACCAUUUACUUACCAUGAAAACCUCUGUCCUGCCACCUCCACCAGGAAUAUUUAUGGCAGAAGAUCUGUAUGCCAGGAUAAGGUGGCGCGGAGUGCAAUAUCUGACAGAGCAAAUCUGGAGUAGAUGGAAGAAGGAAUAUCUAGCAAGCAUCACCCUCAGACAGUCCUGGCACUCCUCAAGACGAAAUGUGAGGAUUGGAGAUAUUGUCAUUGUAAAAGAGGAAGGGAUUCCUCAUAGUGAAUGGAGACUUGGAAGCGUGCUUGAUGUUUGUGAAGAUGAAGAUGGACUGGUGCGAAGAGCCACAAUACAAUUAGGAAAUAAAAAGCUAGAAAAAGAGUGUCAACAACCCAUUAAUCCAUCCAUUCUUGAAUGUCCUAUUCAUAAAUUAGUUGUCCUUGUAGAAAACAACUAAAAUGUAUUUCAGUGGAACUAAUUUCUAAACACCUACCUAUGUGGAGAGUUUAAAGUACUAGUCUUGAUCUUAGAGUUUGUUACAAAUACCAAUUACUUGGUUCUGGAAAUUACUAGAUUUAUUCAAAUAUUUGUAUAAAGGUUAUCAUAAAUCAUAGUAAUUUGGUGGGAGUGUAACUGUCUCAGAGACAUGUUUCAUUGAGAUGUUUAUUUUAUAUGUUUUUGUCAUAAAUUCAUGAUUAUUUUAUCACCUUAAAAUAUUUUAUGUAAGGUUUUAUUUAAUGUAGAGUGUAACGAGUCACAAUGACCUGAGUUUAAUGGGUCACAUGACCAGAGUUUGAUAAAAGCAUGACUGUGGCAUUAUGGGUCAGAACCAGCAUGGAAGCAGAGAAAGACACAUGGCCCUAAAAUAACCUCACUCGGCAUGUGGUCCAAGAGGCGCACACGGUAAUUGUUUUUUUUAUUUGUUUUAUAUAAUGUUGAUGUGCCUUUACAUGGACAGUGUGAUAUGUUUUUAGUGAUUUUUAUUUGAUUUCAGCACACUUUUGUUGUGCCGAUAUGUUUUGGGGCCGUUUAUCGGCGGACACUAGCUUGAAAGACUUUAAAAGACUGAGGGAUGUAUAUUUCAAACUUUUUAUGCCCUUCAUUUUCUUGUAGUUUUCAUGGUGUCUACUAAAGAAAGAGCGAGAGAGAAAUAAAAAUAAAUCUUCAUGGACAUCUGUGUCUUGCGUGGCCAUUAUUUCAUUGGACCGGUGCAGUUCCACCCUCUUAUAACAUAGAGCCAAGUCGAGCUUGGGCCUAUUUGAGUUCCCCCAGAUGGAAGGGAUCUGUUCAGAGGGCCUUCAGAUCAUCAUUGAGUGGGGGGCAAAUGUAGAGCGGUUGUACAUCAAAGUCACACAGCAUAGACACAGAUCCUUUGGUCCACUAAGUCUGGACCAAUCAUUAACCUACUUGGCUGACAGCCAACUCAUCUUUGCGAAAUGGGAGGAAACAGCAACAGCGGGAGAAAAUGCAAACUCCACAUGGCACAUGGACAGCAGCGAGUUCAGGAUUGAACCCAGGGUUGUGAGGAAGCACCAUUGUGCCACCCUUGUGGCCAUUGCAAGGACAAGGCUUUUUGGGCCAGGAGACUGGAAAGCAGCAGAGGAAGCGGA